GGAAAGUCUGGCCAACCUAUCCAUUCCGACAUACGCUCUACCUGCGGAAAGUCCAGGGAAGAUAUAGACCCGAGCAUUCAGUCAGCGAGAGGGCCAGGAAACAGCGCCGAUCAGCCGUGAACGAGCACAUUCCGGUCGUUGAACUCAAUCACGUCAAGGUCUCGGAGACAGAAACGACCGCGACGAGCUCUGAACUACGUAUAGAAGGAAAGACGGGAGAUCAAGAGCUAGAAAGACAAUUCUCCUUUAGUCUUCGACUAUCGGACGACUAGAGGAUCGUCCGCUGGGAACUCAUUUGACGAUCAAAGACACGACAUCGAUCGACUUGCGCUCGUAUCUCCGAGAGACACCAAGCCAUACGACCUACAUCACGACCCCAUUCUCCACGAUACCGACGACAUAAAUCGAUCACGCACGGGCCUUAGCUAGGAUAAUCUCGUCAUGUCCAACCCGUAUGUCAAAGAUACCCAGAUCUGGGUGCCUACCGGGCCUUCCGACUGGGUCAAAGGAGAGGUCAUCUCACUUGACCAACCUGCCACCGCCGACUCGGAGACUUAUGUGACCCUGCGAAUCCGAUACGGCCCCGAACAAACCGAAUUGGAGUAUUCUUUCCCACUCGGAGUCCUUACCGCUGCUGGACAGGCGCAGUUUUCUGCUGGAAGCCCGACGGGGACGAGUUCGGCGACACAGUUACCUGGCAAGGACGCGGAUGGCAAGCCGGUCGCGCUACCUCCGUUGAGGAACCCUGAUGAGUUGGAGAGGUCGGAGGAUCUGGCAGAUCUGAGCAAUUUGAACGAACCUAGUGUUCUGCACGCGUUGAAGGAACGAUAUCAGCUCAGGGAUCCUUAUACUUAUUCCGGAAUCGUCUUGGUCGCGUUGAACCCCUUUACACCUCUCAACAUCUAUGGACCUGAUAUGAUCAAGUCGUAUUCUGGGCGGAAAAAGGGAGAUCUUAGCCCUCACGUGUUCGCCAUCGCUGAAGAUGCCCUGGAGUGCAUGCGGAGAGGUGCAGGCGGUGGUGGAGCAGACGCAACGGGUGCAGGGGAUCAGACGAUUGUGGUCAGCGGUGAAUCUGGUGCCGGAAAGACGGUCUCGGCCAAGUACAUAUUACGAUACUUUGCCUCGGUUGACGACCCAACGAGGGACAACUCGGCCGCACGGAGACAACGAGGACGAGCUGGAGUUGCAGAUGAAGGUGGAAUGAGCGAGACCGAGCGACAGAUUUUGGCGAGUAACCCGAUCAUGGAGGCGUUCGGAAAUGCCAAGACGACGCGGAAUGACAACAGUUCGCGGUUCGGAAAGUACAUCGAGGUUUUGUUUGACAAAGAACACGAUAUCGUCGGAGCUAGGGUGCGAACGUAUCUACUGGAGCGGUCCCGUCUCGUAUAUCAACCAGAAAUCGAGCGAAACUACCACAUCUUCUAUCAACUCCUGGCUGGCGCACCCGAACAGGAGCGGAAAGAUCUAGGUCUUGAUCGAUCGACGGCGGACUUUGCAUAUCUCGUGGGGGGUGGACCAGCCGCUACGCCGAUCCAAGGAGUCGAUGACGCUAAAGAGUUCGAGUUGACGCAAAAGGCGCUGAGCACAGUGGGGAUCUCGGUCGAGAGGCAAUGGCAGAUCUUCAGGAUGUUGGCCGCGCUUCUCCAUCUCGGAAACGUGUCAAUUAAAGCGUCGAGGAACGAAGCUACGAUCGACUCGGAUGAUGCAGCGUUGGGACUCGCCACCACGCUUCUCGGAGUCGAUAAGGACGAGUUCAGGAAAUGGGUCCUGAAGAAGCAGUUGAUCACAAGAAGCGAAAAGAUCGUGACUAGCUUGAACGCCGCACAAGCAUCCGUGGUCAGGGACUCGGUCGCCAAGUUUGUUUACAGCUGUCUGUUCGAUUGGCUGGUUUCCAUUAUCAACGAGAGUUUGUCAGGAGGUGGAGCUGCGGACCGGGCUAUCAAGUUCAUCGGAGUCUUGGAUAUCUAUGGAUUUGAGCACUUCAAAAAGAACUCUUUCGAACAAUUCUGUAUCAACUGGGCGAACGAGAAGCUGCAACAAGAGUUCAAUGCUCACGUGUUCAAGCUUGAGCAAGAAGAAUACGUCCGCGAAGAAAUCAACUGGACUUUCAUCGAAUUCUCCGACAACCAGAUGUGUAUCGACGUGAUCGAAGGCAAAAUGGGCAUCUUGACGCUGCUGGAUGAAGAAUCGCGCUUGCCUGCUGGUGCCGAUCAGUCCUUUGCCGGGAAGCUAUUCCAACAGAUCAACAAGCCGGAACAGAAGGACGUGUUCAAAAAACCGCGUUUCAACCAGAACGCGUUCACCAUUGCCCAUUACGCCCACGAUGUUACGUACGAUGUCGAAGGCUUCAUCGAGAAGAACCGAGACACUGUGCCGGACGAGCAUUUGGCCUUGCUCCAGAACUCGUCGAACCCCCUGUUGAAGGAUUGUCUCGAAGCAGCACUCGCCGCCGCUGUUGCUGCCAAAGAGAACACUUCUGCAAACGCAGCGCCUGCGUCCAAAACUCCCGCUGUUGGUCCGCCCAAACGAGCCGGAGGCGCUGCGUCAACCAGGAAGCCUACGCUCGGUUCCAUCUUCAAGCACUCUCUUACAAAUCUGAUGGACACAAUCAACAACACCAACGUUCAUUACAUCCGAUGUAUCAAGCCGAACGAGGCGAAGAACGCCUGGGAGUUCGACUCGGAACAAGUUCUGUCUCAAUUGCGGGCUUGUGGUGUGUUGGAGACGAUCAAGAUCAGUUGUGCUGGUUAUCCGAACAGAUGGACGUUCGAGGAGUUUGCUGAAAGAUACGAGAUCUUCAUCCCUCCAAGCGAUUGGCAGAAAUUCCAAGGCUCAAAUGACCUUCGACCGAUCUGUUCAGCUAUCCUCGAAAAAAGCAUCGCAGAUCAGGAAAAGUAUCAAAUCGGUCUUACCAAGAUCUUUUUCAGGCCGGGCAUGGUCAGCGUGCUUGACCGUAUGAAGAAGCAACGCCUGGACGCCAUCGCUGUUACUGUACAGAAGAACUACCGUCGGUACAUUGCUCGAAAGCAUUACCAAGCUCUGCGAAAUGCUACUAUCCGUAUCCAGGCAUUGGCGCGCGGCAGGUUUGCCAGGCGCCAUGCGGUCGAGAUGAGGAAAGAAAAGGCAGCGAUCACCAUACAAACUCUUGGGAGAAUGUAUGUUGCACGACGGGCGUUCUUGGAGACGCGACAGGCCGUCGUAAAGAUCCAGGCUGCCAUCCGAGGACGACAAGCACGCGUCGCGUACCAGGAUACCCUCCGCGAGAAUGCGGCUAUAACAUUGCAAAGACUCUUUAGGGGAUCGAUUGCAAAGAAACGGGCUCAGUCGGAUGUACGAAAGGUCGUUCUAUUGCAAGCCCUGCAUCGUCGCCGUCUCGCCAAGAAGGAACUGGUAUCACUGAAAACAGAAGCGAAAUCGGCGACCAAGUUCAAGGAGAUAUCAUACAAGCUCGAGAACAAGGUCGUCGAACUGACUCAGACGCUUCAGAAGAGGACUGCGGAACGCAAAGAGUUCCAGGAACGUGUCUCCGCGCUGGAGAGUCAGAUACAGCAGUUCACCGCAAAGCAAAGCGAGGCUGAAGCGCGUAUCAAGGACCUCACAGCCGAGCUGAAGAAGCCUACCGUGCCUGCGGCACAGUUUGAAGAGCUCGUCGCCGCCAAACAAGAGGUCGACCGCCGGGUGGACGAGGCUCUGGCCCACAUCUCUCAACGAGACGCAGAGAUAGACCGACUCAACGCGGACCUCGCCGCUCAGCACAAGCUCGCUCAGGAGCAACAGAUCGCCUUGGAAGCGGCAACUAGCAGGAAUGUCGAGAGUUCAUCAGCUGCGUCUGGCAUGCAGGACGAGAUCACUGCGCUCAAGGAGCAGAUCAACCGGGCCAAUGCUCUGUCCGCUCUCACGCGAAACACUAGGGUGCCUCAGCCUCCUUCUCCGACCGUCACUCACCUGAACGGUUCCAAUGUAGCCUAUCGGGGAAUGGACUCCCUGCCAAAUCUACCUUCUACCGGACGGACGCCCCGUCGACACAGCAUGACGGGUGUCCUGCAUGAUGGUAGCAGUCACCGCACCUCGGCUGACGAGCGAAUCUUAGAGAGCAAAAAGGACGCAGCUCAAUCGCGAGCCAUCUCCAUGGCCUUUCCACGAGACGGGCCACCGAAUGGGAGAGAUUCUCAAGGCUUGCCGGUAUCGUUCGAGAACCCCGGCCAAGAAAUCAUGCGCAUGCUCGAGGAUGAAGCCGCUCUCGAACGGGACGUCCUACAGGGUCUGAUCAUGGACCUCAAGAUAUUGACGCCCAGUCUCAACAAUCCGCCCAAAUUCAACGAGGUCAUGUUCCCCGCGAACCUUGUCAGCCUCAUCGUCAACGAAAUGUGGAAGUACGGCUUGAUAAAGGAGAGCGAAAGGUUCUUGGCCAACGUGAUGCAGCACAUACAGAAAUUCGUCAUGAGCUUCACAGGGGAGGCUAUCAUCAUACCCGGUUUCUUCUGGUUGUCCAACAUUCACCAGCUGCUUUCGUUCGUGUGCUUGGCCCAAAGCGACAUGCAAGAAGGUGUCGGUCCCGGCGCCGAGGGGCUUGGCCGGUCUUUUGAGUGGUCGGACUAUGAAAAGUUGGUAACGGUCGCGAAGAACGACCUAGACAGCCUCGAGUACAACAUCUAUCACACGACGGUGUCCGAGAUCAAGAAACACUUGAGCAAGAUGGUAGUACCCGCCCUGAUCGAGAACCAAGCUCUGCCCGGUUUCGUCACCCAGGAAGCAUCGGGACGAUUGCUCGGCCGUCUGAUAGGUCAAACGGACAAGGCGCCUUCGUACACGAUGGAUGAUGUCAUCAACCUGUUGACCAAGGUGCACAAGGCCAUGAAGAGUUAUCAUUUGGAAGAAGGCGUCAUUGGUCAAGUCUUCAUCAACGAGCUCGUCAAGCUGCUUGGUGUCAACAGUUUCAACGACAUGCUUAUGCGUAGAAACUUUGCGUCAUGGAAGCGAGCGAUGCAAAUUCAGUACAACAUUACUCGGUUGGAAGAAUGGUGCAAGUCGAACGAUCUAUCCGAAGGGACGCUAUCGAUGGAGAGCUUGAUGCAGGCUACCAAGCUGUUGCAGCUCAAAAAGGCUACUGCCGCCGAUAUCGACAUCCUCUUCGAUGUCUGCUGGAUCUUGUCACCGACACAGAUCCAAAAGCUCAUUAGCCAGUACCAUGUCGCUGAAUACGAGACUCCCAUCGCACCCGAGAUCCUAAAGAUCGUCUCGGGCCGAAUCAACACCAACGACAAGGGGGAUCAUCUGCUCCUUCCACCAGAGUCUGACGAGGCCAUGCCUUUCCAAUUACCUCCCGUGCGAGACAUUUUCGACAUAGAGACUUACGUCCCCGCUUAUCUGGCAGUACCUCACGUACGCCGACUUGCCAUGUUUGCUGCUUGAGAAACGAAUUAUUUGGGACGAUUUCGCACGCCACUCGCCGUCAACUGAAUGACUUUGAUUUUUAACGCCCUUUGCAUGAGACGUACCCGGCCGAAUCGCUGCGGUAGACGAUGUAUCUAUAUGGCCUUCAUGAAUCGUGUAGAAUCCGAUACAAUCCGCGAGACAAAA